AUGAGCUCCACAGACGACGAUAGCUGCAUUGCUACUUACACCCCGUCCAGAACGCGGCAGCGAAUCCGUAAGCCUGCACCAGUCCUCGAGGUCCCUCACAUAGAGGAGAAUGCGGACGAGAGGAAGAGAGUCUUAAACGUUCUGGCUCAAAGGACGUACCCGCAACGGCCCGAGGCGGCGCGGGACCCGCUGGCGCUGUACAACCUGGCGUACGACAUGGGGGACGCGGCGGAGGGAGUCCUCAUCUGGGGGUCGGACCCUUACGAUGUGGCGGGCUGGGAGGUCGGCCAGGUGUUCUUCGAGCGGUGGUGGUUUAUCUUGGAUAGGGGCGUCGUUGAGCAGAAUGCAGAGCUUGCCGGGCGGACCGCGGGUGGAGGCCUUGGCGUGACCGACACCGAUUCUGCCCUCUCGUGCAAACGGAUUGAGAUGGGGUUGUGCGAGGCGACGAGACGGGAAAAGAGUGAUACGGUCUAUAACGCUGUUGUUAUAAUAUCCACUUCCGGCCGACUUCUGCUCCUGUCCGACUCUUACUUCCAGCUCGACCCGAGCACGACGGACUUUGGAAUCUACCGUCAGAAAUUCCCGCUAGAAAUCAGAACCAUCGUGACAACGUGGGAAAAUAUCAACUUCUUUGAGAGGGGUUCGCGGGCGCACCCAAAACCCCGCCCCGUGCAGGUCACGUGA